GAACAACUCAACGCGUCGUGUUUUGUGGUUAAUAUGUAACGCUCAGAGCACACUUGCACUUUGUUUCCCCAAAUAAUAGAUGGAGCUUUCAGAUCUUGCACAAGCUGAAGGAUUGUGCAGCCAAACAUCUCAAAAUAUGCUGGUAAACAAAAUGAAGAUGGCAUUUAUUUGCAUUGUAACCUUCAUGUGCUUCCUCGCUCCGGUCCACCAAGCGCGCCUCCCGGAUGCCACCAUCGCAGAUCUUUCCUUCAAAAACAUGGACUUUGCCAUGAACCUAUACAGAAAAAUAUCCAGCUACCAUGACAAGAACAUCUUUUUCUCACCCCUGAGCAUCUCUACCAGCUUUGCUGCUCUCUUAAUGGCCACUGAUGGUGUCACGCAUGAGGAAAUACUGAAAGGACUCAACCUGGAGCAGCUGGAGCGGGCCGACCAGCCAGAACUUAUACCUCAACUCUUUCAGCUGCUUCAUGAGAGCAUCACACAGAAUGGAUCACUGAAGCUGGACCAAAGCAUGGGCCUCUUUAUACGCCAGGAGUUUGAGCUGCAGGUGAUGUUUCAAGAGCAAAUCAAGAUGUUUUUUGACGCUGACAUCAAAACUGUAGACUUUGCGGACAGAGAAGGUAGUGUCAGAUUCAUCAAUGAGUAUAUCAAGAACAAGACUGAGGGCAAAGUGACGGAGAUGAUUUCCACCCUGGAUACACAGACGCAACUCAUGCUAAUCAACACCAUUUUCUUCCAGGGUACCUGGAAGCUGCCUUUCAACCCCAAUUUCACUGAAAAUGCAUCCUUCUACAUUGACAACUAUAAUAUUGUGCAAGUGCCAAUGAUGUUUUUGGAGGAUAAGUUCUACAUGAUGGAAGAUGUUUCUCUUGGUGCCAAAGUGCUGAAGCUGCCGUACCAGGAGGGUGUUUCCAUGCUUAUCCUACUCCCCAACAAAGGCAUGGACUACACUGUCAUUGAAGAAGGGAUCAAUGCUAAGAGGUUCCUCAGCUGGAUCAAAAAGCUGCACAAACUCAAACUGGAAAUCAACCUGCCUAAAUUCAAGAUGGAAGAGUCGUACUCCCUGCACAAUCUCUUACCGGACAUAGGCAUGGCCAGUAUCUUCAGCAAUUCAGCCAAUCUGACAAAGCUGAGUAAGGAAGAAGAUCUCAAAGUGUCAGAGGUGCUUCACAAGGCAGUGAUCGAGGUGGACGAGUCGGGGACCACAGCAGCAGCUGCCACAACAAUGGGCAUCAUUCCAUAUUCCUUACCCAGGGCCUUCAUUGUCAACAGACCAUUUUUCUUCUUCAUAUAUCACGAAGACACAAACUGCCUGCUGUUCAUGGGCAGGGUGAUUGACCCCACCAAAAACUAGCAGUCAUGACUAUGCUGUUUGUGUACUGAAGUGGUUGCACGUGUCGUUGUGUUUAUUUAGGCUUUUAAAGGGCUGCUUUGGUGCAUUUUUCAAUUUAAAAUUUAAAAUGCUCAUGCUGGUCUGUUCUGUAAGCCUACCUACCUACAUGUAAUCCCUAUUAAAAAAGAACUUAUGUUA